AACCAGAAGCACCAAACUUUGAGCAACCAUUUCGAUCUCUUAUUGCAAGAAUCAAAAUUCAAAACCCUCACCAUGUCAAUAGCAUCAUCUCACCAAACCUUCUUCACCAACGCCCUUCUCUCUACCCCCCACAAAUCAACCAAAAUCCCAAAAAAAUCAAUCAUCAUCUUGUGUAAUAAAUCCCCCAAAUCUCCAUCACAAAACCCCACAGAGUCAUCUCUAUCCAGAGUUAAUGACAACAAUCAACUGGCGAAGCUUGCUUUAGUAACAAUGGCAGCUGGGGUCUUAACACUUGGAUCAAUCGAUCCAGCUUUCGCAGCAAAAUCCGGCGGCCGUGUCGGUGGUCAGGCGUUCCGUUCCGCCCCAAGUCAAUCGGCCCCUCGUUCAUCUUCACCAAGAAUCAAUAACUCAAGAACCAAUAUUUACAUCAACCCACGGGUUGCGCCACCACUGGUCGGUGGAUACGGUUAUGGGUACGGUGGUUGGGGGUGGUCGCCGUUUUCGUACUUUGCACCUGGGCCUAGUGUGGCUGUUGGAGUCGGCGGUGGGUUUGAUACGUUGGUGCUGUUUAUGCUUCUUGGUGCUGCGGCAGCUGUCGUUAGAAGGUUCUUUAGAUCCAGGAAUGAUUAUGAUGAUGAAGAUUACUAGUAAAAUUUUGUGUAGAAGAACACACUUAAAUGUAUGAUAUAUUUUUAGAUGUAUAGAUAUCACUUGAUAAACUUGACGUGGAUAUGAAUAUAUAUGAGUCUUUGUUUUGAUUUAAUGUGGAAG